AUGAAUUCCCCAUCACCUUCGCGACUGAUUGCGCCUCGAACGCCAGUAUCCAAGUCACUCGGCAGCGGCAAUGCGCUAUCGCAAUUGCAAGCGACACAAGUCCGAACACUACGAGAUGCCUUUCAGAUCAUGGACCGAGACUGCGAUGGUGUUGUGAACCGAGAAGACGUUACCGACAUGCUUAACCAGCUAGGUUUACCGUCUACUCCGGCUGAUGUAUGUCUCUUCUUUCCCACAUCAGCGCCUCAAACCAUCAGUUUAGCAGUGUUUCUCAACUCGCUUGCCGAUGCACUAGCAGCUCUAUCUGAUAGCGCCGACCUGCUCUCCGCCUUUUCAGCUUUCGAUAACGAUGACAGCGGUCAGGUGGACGUGGUUGAGCUGCGUAACGCGCUUCUACAGACAGCACCCGAACCUGGCGAGAAGGCUUUGUCUGCCAACGAGAUUGAUAAGAUCAUGAACGGAUUCACUGGACGUCGAGCCUUUAACCGCAACAUGAACGCUCAUCUGGGCGCCAAGAGAGGCGAGGUGUUCAAGUACCAAGAGUUUGUCGGCUCCAUCAUGGGGUCCAACAACGGUUCAGAUAACCCUGAUGAGAACGAAGUCUAA